CACUCUACAUACCCCAGGAAUGACCAGUUCCCUAGCAUUCUGAUAGACAGGGGAGGGCCAGCUUCACCCACCACCCUUUCUAUCUGCCCUCCCUUACCUAGGCUUCACUAUGUCCCGGUGAACUUCUAGGAUUUUCCGAGCUCACAGAUGAUUUCUCCCGAUCAACCCAGGAAGACAGGGACUUGAGAAGGAUGAGACUCGAACCUGGGUUCCCCUCCUCAACCCUACACACCCACGUUUCUGCCAGCCCUUUCUCUCUGCUGGUGGCUGGGCCGCUGUCCGAGCCCCGCCUCUUGGGUUCGCACGCGGCCCCCGCCUGACCCGGCGCCCAGGGGCGGAGUAGGGCGGGGCGGGCGGCAAACGCAGCACUUUCGCGGCUUUGACAAGCCCGCAGCGGCCCGGCUGGAACGCUGAGCCCGGCCGAGACUGCGCCAUGCAGGAAGCGCCAGCUGCGCUGCCCACGGAGCCAGGCCCCAGCCCGGUACCUGCCUUCCUCGGCAAGCUAUGGGCCCUGGUGGGCGACCCAGGCACAGACCACCUCAUCCGCUGGAGCCCGGUGAGGGCUGGGGCCCCUCAAUUCCCUCAGUGGUCCCCGGGGUCCCUCCAAUGUGUGUGAACACCCUUGUCUACCCAGCCCCCGCCUGGGACUGGGCUAGUGGAACCAGCUUCCUCGUAAGUGAUCAGAGCCGCUUCGCCAAGGAAGUGCUGCCCCAGUAUUUCAAGCACAGCAACAUGGCGAGCUUUGUUCGCCAACUCAACAUGUACGGUUUUCGGAAGGUGGUGAGCAUUGAGCAAGGUGGCCUGCUCAGGCCAGAGCGUGACCACGUUGAAUUCCAGCAUCCAAGCUUCGUGAGAGGCCGUGAGCAGCUACUAGAGCGCGUGCGCCGCAAGGUACCUGCGCUGCGAGGUGAUGACAAUCGAUGGCGUCCUGAGGACCUGGGCCGACUGCUGGGAGAGGUGCAAGCCUUGAGGGGAGUGCAAGAGAGCACGGAGGCACGACUGCAGGAACUCAGGCAGCAGAACGAGAUCUUGUGGCGAGAGGUGGUGACACUGCGGCAAAGCCACAGUCAGCAGCACCGGGUCAUCGGCAAGCUAAUCCAGUGCCUGUUUGGGCCACUUCAGACAGGGCCCAGCAGUACAGGACCCAAGAGAAAGCUGUCCCUGAUGCUAGAUGAGGGGAACUCGUUCUCAGUACCUGCCAAAUUCAAUGCCUGCCCCCUGUCCGGUGCUCUCCUACAGGACCCCUACUUUAUCCAGUCGCCCCUCCCAGAGGCUACCUUGGGCCUGAGCCCUCACAGGGCCAGAGGGCCUGUCAUCUCUGACAUCCCAGAAGAUGCACCAUCUCCUGAAGUGCACAGGCUUUCUCCCUCCAGUGCUGGCAGGAGGGUGAAGGGCCUGGCACUGCUCAAAGAAGAGCCGGCCAGUCCUGGGGGGGAUGGAGAGGCCGGGCUGGCCCCGGCCCCAAACCAGUGUGACUUCUGCGUGACAGCACCCCCACCUCUGCCUGUGGCUGUAGUGCAGGCCAUCCUGGAAGGGAAAGGGAGCUACAGCCCUGAGGGGCCCAGGAAUGUACAACAGCCUGAACCAAGGGGUCCCAGGGAGGCACCCGACAGGGGAACUCUGGGCCUGGAUCGGGGUAACCAGAGCCCAGAGAGUCUGCUGCCCCCAAUGCUGCUUCGGCCUCCCCCUCAAAGUAUGGAGCCCAUAGCACCUAUGGAUGUGCUGGGCCCUAGCCUGCAAGGACGAGAAUGGACCCUGAUGGAUUUGGACAUGGAGUUGUCUCUGAUGCAGCCCUUGGCUCAAGAGAGGGGUGAAGCUGAGCUGACAGUCAAGGAGUUGAAUUCUUCAGGUGUAGGGAAAGACCACGCUCUGGGAACCCCUCUGCUGCUGGAUGUUCCUUCGGAUUUGGAAGGCGCAGCCCUAUCAGUGCCUGGGGCUUUAACCCUUUACAAUGCCCCUGAAAGCAGUGCCUCCUACUUGGACCCUGGAGCCAACCCCUCUUCCCCUUGAGACUCCCACCUCUCUAAAAAACCUGGCUAAGGAACCAGCAUGCAGCAGCAUACCCCUUCAGGCUUCUUGGCAUCCCCUCCCCAGGGUGGGGGUAAGCAAAGCCCCAUUAUGCUGCAGCCUCUCUCCACUACCCCAGUGAGUUCUACAACAUAAACUGCAUUCCCCCA